AUGGACGACGAAGACGAGAUCCACUCCAAUCCAUCACCGUUGAGCGGAUCUCCGGUGUCAUCGCCGGGAGCAAUUGGUCGGAUUUCGGUGACGGUUGCGGCGCCUGCACCGCAAGAACAGCCGGUGGUGAACAGCUAUGCAUUAGCGCUUCCGAUUCAGAAUCAGGCCAGAGGAAGCAACGGUGGAGGGAGGGAGGAUUGCUGGAGCGAAGGUGCGACGGCGGUGCUGAUCGAAGCGUGGGGAGAGAGGUAUCUUGAAUUGAGCAGAGGGAAUCUGAAGCAGAAGCAUUGGAAGGAGGUGGCGGAGAUCGUUAACGGGAGAGAGGAUUAUUUGAAGGCGCCGAAAACUGAUAUUCAGUGUAAGAAUCGGAUCGAUACAGUUAAGAAGAAGUACAAAUCGGAGAAAGCUAAGAUCGCUGCCGGAGGUGGCGUUGCAGCCAGUAAAUGGCCGUUUUACGAUCGAUUAGAACACCUGAUCGGUCCAACCGCCAAGGUCACCGGCGUCACAGGUGCCAGCACUUCCGGAAACAGUAAUUUGCCACCGCAAAAAGUUCCGUUCGGAAUUCCGGUAAAUCUUCGCCCUGGCAGCGUUGCGAAUCAGUUUAAUAAUUCUCAAAAGAAAAAUCAGAAGCAACAGCCACAUCCACAGGUUCAGUUGAAUUACCAGAAGGUUCAGCUCCGACCCCGAGCUCCGGCAGUGGAUUCUGAUAAUUCAUCGGACAGAGAAGCGUUAUCGCCAGUUUCAAGUGACAGUUUACCGCCGGAGAGUCACGAGAAGAAGAGGGCGAAAGUGAAUCCAACUGGUGGAGAAGGGAGAACCAAAGGAAAAGGUUGGGGAAGUGCGGUGAGGGAAUUGACUCAGGCGAUUGUGAAAUUCGGUGAAGCUUAUGAACAAGCAGAGACAUCGAAGUUGCAGCAGGUAGUGGAGAUGGAGAAACAGAGGAUGAAGUUUUCUAAGGAUUUGGAGUUGCAGAGAAUGCAGUUUUUCAUGAAAACACAGUUGGAGAUUUCACAGCUCAAGCUUGGAAGAAGAAAAGGUGUUACUGGUAAUGGUAACCCUAGCAAUCAUCAUAACAACAUCAAUGAAAACAUCAACAACAACAACCAUAACAAUAAUAGUGACACUGAAUGA